GCCUUCCCUAAUCUGUAUUGCGCCUUUGCAUUAUCCACCUUCGGGAGAGGAGGAUUUAACUAUCUACUUCUGGUAUCUGCUACUCUUGGCGCGGGAAUACAGGAAGUUGUAGAACGGAAUGUGGGCGUGGAGGAGUGUUUUCAUUCGAGCUUUGGGUUUCGACUGUGCAAAUAUUUCAUGUGUGUAUCGUCUUAGCGUCUUUGCGCACUUGUCUUGUGCCAUUAUGUCAUUCGUUGUAAGGCGGUAUUCGAGUUUUUCACCUCUUGGUCGGAAUACUUCGCAUACCUUUGUUUUCCGGGCGAAACCAUUCAUUCUGGAGGUGAGGGAAAGGCUGUCCCUUAUAUUUCCGUGCCUCAGUUGUUCCAAAUUUUAUGUGGACCCGUGGAUACGUGCCUGGUCCGUCAUUGUAAAGUCCCUGACAUCCUAUUACCUUAACCCUUAUUGGUCAUGAAAUCCAGCUCUGAAUUUGUCUAAUAAAAACAAAAGGACUGA